GGGAAAUUCUGCAGCAGAGGUGCAUUAAAUUCAACAGUUGUCAUAACAGAGUGUAUAUUUCAUUAUCUAUGAAUUCAAAAUGCCAUUCAUUCUCUAUAUUUAGAUUAGUUUCCUGCUCUUGUAAUUCAUAGCCUAUGUAAAUACAUUUACACAAUAUUCACCUUUUUUGUGCUAUAUUCUGUAGCUUCUGCUGUUCUUGCAGUGUAAAAAUGGUAUAAGUGAAUGUGGAUGUGAAUUUUAGUAUUAAAAAAAGGAACCUUUUUAUCUGGUUUGACCCCUUGUCUAGUCAGUCAUUGCAGCGCUGGGGGUCCUUAUAUGCAUGUUGAUCAGUGUAAAAAAAAAAAAAAAAAAAAACGAGAGAGAAAAAGAUUAAAGAGAAAGAGGUUAAAGUAGCUUUUCAAGCAUGAUUUGUAACUCCAGUGAAUGCAAUUUUGUUAUAUAAAUUGAAAUUAUAUGAAGAGAGAACAACAGUACACCCACAUACAAGUGAAAUAAUGUGGACGUUCUCUGUACCUAUGAUUUCCAUAAAUUAAGAGUGUGUUGUUGCUGUUGUGUUUUAUUUGCAUGUGUCAUUACGUUGAGUGCAUAACGCUCAUGACACAGCAGUGAUACAGAAUAUGUUCAAGUUUGAGAAAAUAUUGUUUAGUUUGGGAUGAGGAAACAUGCUGUUGGUUGAAACUGUUGGAAGAAAUUGUAACUGUUGCUGUUAUCAAAACUGAAAGAAAAUGGAAAACAAAACUGCAAAUGUUGAGGGUUUUUCCUGUGAAGCCGCUGUGGAAAUGCAAUACUUCAUUACAGAACAUACAGAUCCUCCAGUCUCUACCACAUUCAAAUGAACACAUUUCCAGAGAAUUACAGCAACAAAGACCAACACAUACUGUAGAAGAAAAAAAGGAAAAACAUGUGAACGAGGAAGAAGAAUGCAAAGGGCUUUUGUUUAGAGUAAUAAACAAAUGAUGAGAUGCUGAACAAGAGCAGAUAAAAUAAUCACAUUGUUUAAAGCUAAAGACAGAAACACACAACCUCUAAAAAAUGGAUCAAACGCUAUAUUUCAUUCUUCUUCUCAUUGCUCUCUGCUCCGUAUCUGAAUGUGUUCAGCGUCAGUAUCGCUUUAUAAAUGAGAGGAAGACCUGGACUGAAGCUCAGAGAUACUGCAGAGAGAAAUACACAGAUCUGGCCACCGCUGACAACAUGAACGACAUGAACGAGCUGAACGAGCUGAAGAAGAGCGUGAAUAAUGGACGUGUCUGGAUUGGGCUGCAGAAGACGGGUCGUGAUGAAUGGCACUGGUCUUCAGGUGAACCUGUGCUCUAUCUGAACUGGGGACCUAAACAACCAGAAGGCAGAGAUUAUUGUGCUAUGAUGUGGAAUGGAAAAUUUGAGGAUUUGCGAUGUAGUGAUAACCGACAUUUCAUCUGCAACAACACAAACACAGGACUCAUCUUUGUCAAUCAGAGGAUGAACUGGAGAGACGCUCAGAGUUACUGCAGACAGAAUCACAUUGAUCUGGUCAGUGUGAGGAACCAGAAUGAGAGUCUACAGGUUCAGAAGAUCAUUAGUGAUAGACAGUCAUCUGGAUCACAUGUCUGGAUCGGUCUGUUCAGAGUCAGAGACUCAUGGCAGUGGUCAGAUCAGAGUAACUCCUCAUUCAGAUACUGGAAGUCUGGUGAACCUAAUAAUGCUGGAGGUGUUGAAAACUGUACAGCUGUCAGUCAGAAUGCUCAGGGACGAUGGAUUGACGUCUCUUGCACCGAUCAAUAUCCUUUUGUGUGUCAUGAAGAUAAACUGAUUGUGAUCAGAGAGAGUCUGACGUGGUCUGAAGCUCUGAGAUACUGCAGACAGAAUCAUGUGGAUCUGGUCUCGGUUCAUUCAGAAGAGAUUCAGCAUGAGGUGGAGAACGUGGUUAAACGGGCGUCUACUGCGGAGGUGUGGAUGGGUUUACGUUACUCUCGUAUUUUGGGCAUCUGGUUCUGGGUGAGUGGAGAGACUGUGUGCUAUCAGAACUGGGCUCCAGGGAACGGCACAUCAGCGGAGGACUGUGAAGACGCAGUGAGAUCUGGAGCAGUUCAGUCUGGAGGAGAUCAGCGCUGGAUCAGCCGUCCUGAACACCACAAACUCAACUUCAUCUGCAGCAGAUAUUAAGAGUGAAAGGAGUAAAAUGCUUGUGUGUUCACUUCCUUUAACUUCAUUUUCAUAUAUCAAGUAAAUAUUUUAACAAUUUCAGUCUCAGCAGGCUGUUGCACCUGAGGGUUAAAAAGGCAGAAAAGUUUUGCUCAGAUGUUUGUUAAUAUAGUUCAAAUAUAUUCAAUCAGUAAGCUAUUAAUGUAUGUUUUGUGUUUACUAACUCUUUCAACAUGUGUGUGUGUGUGCGUGCGUGCUUUUGUGACAUAUGAGGACACAAAUUUGUAUAAUGGCAUUGUAUGACAUGGUUAUUACAAGGAGAAGGUGACUUAUGAGGACAUUGCCCCAUGUCCCCAUAUUUCAAAAGGCUUAUAAAUCAUACAGAAUCAUACAGUUUUUUUGAGAAAGUAAAAAUGCACAAAGUUUACUGUAAGGGGUAGGUUUAGGUGUAGGGCGACAGAAAAUACGCCAAUGAAAGUCCCCACAGUUCACAAAAACAAACGUGUGUGUGUCAUUUACUAACUUAGCAUCAUAGACUUACCAUUAGAUAUACAUUUAUAUUGUUCUCUAUUUGGUAUGAGAUUGAUGAAAUUUCUUAUUUGUGUUUUAAGGAUCAGUGUAUGUUGUUGCGGCAAUGCGGCUACUUCUCUCUGAUAUUGAGUUUCAUGUGUUAAUCAUGUUUUUAGAUUAGAAAUGUCUGGUUGAAUAUGAAUCAGUGAGCACCAGCAUUAUGUGCCUCUGCUAAAUUAAAUAUUGUUAAUUAUUAAAGGUGUUAAGUUUGGGUAUAAAAUAACAAGAAUCCGUGUGCACUAAACAUUAAAGAACGUGUCAGCAACAGCAGCUCAAAUAAACUCUUGUACAACCAGUAAUCUCAUCUUUGACUGUUUUCCAUCAUCAGAAUUAUAAAAUUCAAUAUGGUUUCUAUCAUAAUUCAUUAAGGACUAUUAAGGCCAAAGUACACUUUGGUUUUUGCACAUACAGAACACGAGGGUCCGCAUACAGUGUGAAUGAUGCAAAUCGCAUACAUGCAUAUACUGUAACAUUCGAUUUUUGUAACUGUUGUGUAUGCGCAGCUGUAGAAAAUGAUACUCCUUACUAAAGACAUGGAACAACUACAGUGACAAAAUAGCGGAGACUGCAACAACAACACCAGAUGUCUGCAUUGACAAAUACUUGUGUGAGAUGUUUAUGAGAGAGCUGUAACUUUAGAUUAAAAGAGUGCAAAGACAAUUUUAUCGGUCAUAACUUCUGGAGAAAAGCACAUCAGAUGCUGGACAAAGAUGAAGCUUCUAGAGCACAUAUGUUUACUGCCUGCAUUCGUACACGCUAUCAAAUGGAGUAUACUUUGAAAGGCUACGCGUACAAAAAAGAAGUAUCAUUUUGGGCUUUAAGCUGUUUCCCAGUUUACAUGCUGGAUCCUUUAAAGGCUUCAUUUGAAGGCUAAAUGCAACACAACCCAAGGCCGUAACCAUGUCUUGAACACUGAGGGGGACCAACUUGCAUAUAUGUGUGCGUGUGUGUGUGUAUAUACAU